AUGGUGGCUUCGAGGUCCGGGAGCCGCCGGAUGCGCGGGCCGCCCUUACUGGGCCGCGUCGCGGUGGUGGUGGACCAGGGUUCGGGCUUCACCAAGGCGGGCUUUGCGGGCGAGAAGCAGCCGCGCAUCGUGCUGAAGAGCUCCAGUCUGGUGCCCAGCUGGGACCGGCCCGUGCUGCCCGGCGCGCCGGGCUGCGAGCUGGCAGGCGGUGUGGCGCGGGCGCACCCCAUCAAGCACGGUGUGGUGGUGGACUGGGAGGCACUGGAGGGGCUGUGGGAGCGCCUGCUGGUGGGCGGCCUGAGGGUGUGCCCCGAGCAGUGGCCCGUGCUGGUGAGCGACUCGCCGUCGGCGCCGCCCGCCGACCGCGAGAGGGUGGCUGAGCUGCUGUUCGAGGCCCUGGCAGUGCCCGCGUGCCACAUGGCCAGCACCGCGAUGCUGGCGCUCUGCUCCGCCGGCGCGCUCAGCGGGUUGGCCGUGGAGGCGGGCGCGGGCGUGUGCCAUGCCACGCCUAUCUACGCGGGCCACUCGUGGCACAAGGCCACCUUCCGGCAGGAUGUGGCAGGCACCACCCUGUCGCGCUACCUGCGGGACCUGCUGGUGGCAGCGUGCCCCUACCUCGGGCAGCGGGCCCUGCCCCGCAAGGACAUCACACAGCUCAAGAAGCGGUGCUGCUAUGUGUCGCUGGACUUCGAGGGCGAUCUCUGUGACCCUGCCCGCCACCAUCCGGCCAGUUUUUGCAUGGGCAAUGGGUGCUCCGUCUGCCUCAGCAGCGAGCGCUUCCGCUGCCCCGAACCUAUCUUCCAGCCGGGUCUGCUAGGCCAGGCUGAACCAGGCCUGCCCACACUGGCCUUCCGGGCACUGCAGAAGAUGCCUACGACACUGCAGACAAGGCUGGCCAACGCCGUGGUGCUGGCAGGUGGCUCCACGCUUUUCCCUGGCUUCGUUGAGCGGCUGGACAUGGAGCUGGAGGCGCAGUGCCAGCGGCACGGCUACAUGGCCCUACGGCCCCGCCUGGUGGCCAAGCCUGGGCGCGGCUGCGCUGUGUGGACAGGCGGCUCCAUGGUGGCUUCCUUGCACUCCUUCCGAUGUCACUGGAUGACCCGGGCCAUGUACCAGGAAUGUGGCUCCAGGCUAGUGCACGACGUGUUCAACUGA